AUAAUGGACAGAGCAGUGCCAAAGUGGCUGCUCCUCACAGCCGCUCUCCUUGCCCGCUCAUGUCUCUGUCUACCUCACCUGCCAGAGUUUGAGGCAUACAAUCUCAACCAGAACAAGUCGGCCGAGUCACCCCUGGAUUAUUGGGGGGAAUGGACCGAUCAUGAAUUCCACCCAUCCCCGGAUAACUGGCGGAUGCCAUUCUACUCUCUCUUCCUCGACAGAUUUGUGAACGGCGACCCGUCCAACGACAACAGCAAUGGCACGGCAUUCGAGGUUGACAUUCUGUCCACCCAGCUGCGGGUUGGCGGUGACAUCGACGGCCUCGUCGACUCGCUCGACUACCUUCAGGGGCUGGGUAUCAAGGCCCUCUAUGUCGCCGGGAGCCCUUUCAUCAACCAGCCAUGGGCCGCCGACAGCUUCAGCCCCCUAGACCUCACCUUGCUAGACCAACACUUCGGCACCAUCGCCAUAUGGCGACAAGCCAUUGACGAGAUCCACCGCCGCGGCAUGUACAUCGUGCUUGAGAACACCAUGGCGACCAUGGGAGACCUUCUCGGCUUCGAGGGCUAUCUCAACACCACUACACCCUUUAGUUUCACCGAACACCCGGCGAUAUGGAAGUCGUCCCGGCGAUACUGGGAUUUUAACAUCGGCGAGGAUCGGAUUGAUGACUGCCAGUACCCGCGAUUCUGGGACGAGGAUGGGACUAGGGUGGGAAGCAACGUCACGUCGUUAUUGACAAGCUGCCUGAGCAGUGAUUUUGAUCAAUACGGGGAUGUCGAAUCCUUUGGCGUGUACCCCGAGUGGCAGAAGCAGCUCAGCAAGUUCGGUUUUGUACAGGACCGCCUGCGUGAAUGGCGACCGAGCGUGCUCGACAAGAUCAAGCUUUUUUCUUGCAUCACAAUCGCAUCUCUCGAUAUCGAUGGCUUCCGCAUCGACAAGGCCCUCACCAUCACCGUGGAUGCCCAGGCCGAGUGGUCAGACCACAUCCGUGACUGCGCUCGGAGGUUCAACAAGACCAACUUCUUCAUCCCCGGCGAGAUUGUGGGCGGCAACGGGCUGGGUGCUCUCUACUAUGGUCGAGGCAAGGACCCCGACAUGGCUAGCGCCACUGUCGACGAGAGUUUCAACGCGACAAACGAAACCAGCCCCUCGUUGUACAUUAGGACAAAGCACGCCCUGGACUCUGCUUGCUUUCACUACUCUGCAUACAGGGCCCUGACGCGUUUUCUCGGCAUCGAUGGCGUCUAUGGAGCUGAGAUGGACACGCGAACUAACUGGGCAGACGGGUGGGCCGAUAUACUCAUGACCACUGACUUCAUCAACGCCAAUACUGGCAAGUUCGACCCACGUCACAUGUUCGGUGUAUCCAACCAGGAUGUGUUUCGAUGGCCUUCAAUCGCCAACGGGACGCAGAAGUACCUAAUUGGCGCCUUCAUCUCCACGCUCAUGCUUCCCGGUAUUCCCAUCAUCAACUGGGGUGAGGAGCAGGCAUUCUAUGUGCUCGAGAACAUCGCCGGCAAUUACCUCUACGGACGUCAGCCCAUGGUCUCGGCCGUUUCAUGGGAGCUUCACGGAUGUUACAAAGUGGGUUCGGAGAAGUACUUCAACUUCCCCCUCGAUGCGGCUCUUUACGGCUGUGACGACCCAAACGUUAGCCUCGACCAUCGCGACCCUUCUCAUCCUGUGAGGGGAAUCUUGCGACGCUUCUUAGAGCUUCGCGAGAUAUACCCGGUUCUCAACGACGGCUUUGACAUGUACCAGCUCUCCAACCACACCCACUGGAUCUUUCUGCCUGGAUCAAACGGCACCGGAACUGAGCUUGGGCUGUGGAGCAAUGUCAGGGCGAGUCACCAGAGUCUUCAAGAAGACUUGUCAUCUCUACCUCGGGGCAACGAGACAGUCUGGCUUCUCUUCGGGAAUGAGGACACCGCCACGGACUACAACUUCAACUGCUCUAACUCCGAGACAGCCUUGAUUUCUCCAUUUCAGUCGGGAACAACGGUGAAGAAUCUGUUAUACCCGUAUGAUGAGUUCACCCUAGAGCGUUCGUCUUGGGUUUUUGAAGGUGGCAAAACAGCCGGAUUCUACGGCUGCAUCAGCAAAUUGGAGCAGUUUCCAGACUUUGGUUUCAAGGCUUUCGUUUCCAAGGAUAGCUGGGUUGGGCCAGCACCCACCAUCACCAAGUUUCUUCCCGGCCACGAUUACCGGCUUGAGUCCUCCAAGAAUGGGACGACAUCUGUCGAGAUCCAACUCCAGUUUUCGCAGGAGAUGGACUGCGAUUCCGUGUAUAACUCGAUUGAGAUCACCUCCGAUUCCCACAUUGGGGAUAGAGCGACUCUCCACCGGGAUUCUGUCCGGUGUUGGAGCCUUGAUCCCAAUCAGAAUGCUCCUAAAUUUGUUGCACAGACACCGUCGGUAUGGGCCAUUGCAAUAACCAUCAACCCAAUCCCAGACGGAAUCCAUCGAAUCACUGUGAGAAAUGCGACAGACAGCACGAAGACGCUCAGAACUGGUUCGGUCGAUCAUUUCCUUCUCAGGGUGGGGCAGCUUAGCAACCCUAUGGUGUUUCCCCGACAUGCCAACUAUUCCCAGGAGCUUGUCUACCGCCAGGGCGAUGACAUCUACAUUCACCACAGCGCAGCCGGCGCCUCGCAAUUUCGGUGCUCUCGUACGUGGAGCUCUUCGUGGACCGAGUGGCUCAACUACACUGGCGAAGACUUCAAGCUUCCAGCAAAGAACUGGACUGGCACGGAUCUGCAGAGCUGGUCAGAUGAGCAUGUUGUCUGCCAGUACUACAGCAGGCUGGCCGGAAGUAGCCAUCACCAGCAAGAGGGCGAUCUCAAUUCGGCCACCUUUCCCCGCCGCUUCCCUCACUUCUUCAUCAACGGCCAUUUCAAUGCCUUUGGCUUUGAUUCGGGAAUCCCAAAUGAGAUGUUCCAAACCGCCAGUAACGGGACGUGGUCAAUUGACAUGAUGGCGGAGUGGCCUACCGCUCUCCAGUUCAAUGUUUGGGGGCUGAAUCCAGAUGGGAUGCCUGACCAGACCUGGUUGUUCGGCGACGUCAACUUUGACUACGUCCUAGACAGGCUUCCUCCCGGGUCCCUGAGGCAAAAUGUGGUCAACAUCACACAGUCCCCUCCAACUCCGUUCGUUGGUUGGCGAUUCACGAUUGACGACGCGGCAAUGAAAUACAACAUGUAUCCGGCGGGGAGUAGGGGACGCCAGAUUGCGAUUUUCGCUCUGUUGUGGCUUAUUCCAUUGUUGAGCGGCUGCAUUGUGGUUUUUACCUUCACUGGGUCCUUUUACAAGGUUAAGCACAAUGUCUCGGGCAUCGCGAAAGAAAGCGGGCUUCUCCCCGAAAAGCUGGCCCAGGUGUUUGACAUCAGGACCUGGAAUCAUUCCCGUCCUCCUACUGCCAUGGUGGAUGAUGUAAACACCGCCGCUGGCGAGAGCGCCGGCGAGGGCGUAAGCGACGAAAUGCUCCAGAUGGAUAUGGGAGCGCCACGGAAAAAGGUUCUCAUCGCCACCAUGGAGUAUGACAUUGAGGACUGGGCAAUCAAGAUCAAAAUCGGCGGUCUGGGCGUCAUGGCACAGCUGAUGGGGAAAGCUCUCGGGAAUCUCGAUGUCACCUGGGUCGUGCCGUGCGUUGGAGGGCUCGACAACCAAUAUCACAACGGCUACCCGGUAGAUGAGCCGGCUGAGCCAAUGGUCAUCACGAUAUUCGGCUCUCAAUACACCGUGGAAGUCCAGUACCACAAGCUUCGAAACAUCACCUACGUUCUCCUCGAUGCGCCGGUAUUUCGCCUCCAAACAGCGGCCAAGCCAUAUCCUGAUCGCAUGGACGAUCUCGACAGCGCCAUCUACUACUCUGCCUGGAACCAGUGCAUCGCAGAAGCCCUCAGGCGGUUCAACCCAGACAUCUACCACAUCAACGACUUCCAUGGGGCACUGGCGCCGCUCUAUCUCCUCCCGCGCGUCAUACCGUGCUGCCUUUCCCUCCAUAAUGCCGAAUUCCAGGGCAUGUGGAGUGUGGGCACCAAGAAAGAAAAACAAGAAGUGUGCAAUGUUUUCAACUUGGAACAGAGAGUCGUUGAACGUUUUGUGCAGUUUGGGGAAGUCUUCAACCUUCUCCAUGCUGGCGCAAGCUACCUGAGAGAGUUCCAACACGGCUUCGGGGCGGUUGGAGUCUCCAAAAAGUAUGGCAAGCGGUCUUUUGCCCGGUAUCCCAUAUUUUGGGGUCUUUCCAAAGUCGGCAGUCUACCAAACCCGGAUCCGUCUGACACGGGGGCAUGGUCGGUCGAACAAGAGGCGGCAGCCCGAGCGGAGGAAAUUGAAGUAGAUGCGGCCGUUGAAGCAAGCCGAGCCGAGAUGCGGCGUCAGGCUCAGGAAUGGGCGGGCCUCGAACAGGUGGCGGAUGCUGAGCUGUUUGUCUUUGUGGGCCGCUGGUCGAUGCAAAAGGGAGUUGAUCUCAUUGCAGACGUGUUUCCCUCCAUCCUCGAGCACAACCCCAAAGCCCAGUUGGUUGCAGUGGGCCCCGUGAUUGACCUCUACGGAAAGCUGGCUGCUAUUAAGCUGGAAAGAUUGAUGGAGCAGUACCCCGGCAGGGUCUACUCGAAGCCCGAGUUUACCCAGCUUCCGUCAUAUCUCUUCAGUGGAGCUGAGUUUGCUCUCAUCCCCUCGAGAGACGAGCCGUUCGGUCUGGUAGCCGUGGAAUUUGGAAGAAAGGGGGCUCUGGGCGUGGGAGCUCGAGUGGGUGGCCUUGGAAACAUGCCCGGAUGGUACUACACGGUCGAGUCCACAUCGGCCAAGCAUCUCAUCAGUCAGUUCAAAGACGCAAUUCAAGAGGCUUUGGCGUGUGACGCCACCACAAGAGCCAAAAUGAGGGCUGUUUCUGCCAAGCAGCGCUUUCCUGUGGCCCGGUGGGUCGAGGAGAUAGGAGAGCUGCACAGUACUUCGAUCCGCAAAUCUCAAAAACAUCGCGAACGGUCUACACGCCUUCCUCUUUCAGGGCUGUCGAGGUUCUCGAGGCCGCCGUCGCAGGGCUCCUCGGAAGCCCAGGAAACUCGUCCAGUGUCCCCGGCCUCUUUCAUCGGCACUCCGAUUCACGCGGCAUCACCGACGAAUGGGAACAAUGCAGCGAACUGGCCACUGGCUCCUCCGGAUUUGAACGACAGAAGAAUUUCCACCGUGUCUGUGGUGUCGGUCACGCAAGGACGCACAGAUUUUGCGCUGCAAAAGGUUGAUCCGUUUUUCACCGAUGCUGACGGCGAGUACACUGAAGAGUUCAAGAAGAAGCUCGCACACCUUGAUGCCAAGAACUCAGAGACAGACCUCUGCAUUGAGGAGCACCUCAUGCGAUCCGAGAAAAAGUGGUUCGAAGACUACAAGAUUGUCAAGUUCGGCCUUGGCUCCUCUCGCAACUCCUCAAAAGUGAACCUGACAGAGGCAACCUCAGUCCCGCCGACACCAAUCACUUCACAGUUCCUGGAACCCCCAUCUCGGCCUGACAGCGUAUAUUCUCCUAGCGUCAUGUCUUCUGCCAUAUUGAGCGAUGACCCUGAGGAACAGCGAGACAAUUCCCCUGAGCCGAAUGUUGCGACAUCGGACGAGGAAGACGGCCCAACAACCACCAACCUAGCACUGGCCUCGCCGCUGCAGAAGUUCAUGCUGCGCAAGAUUUUCGAUUGGCCCGUUUACACCCUCAUCCUGGCACUUGGCCAGAUCCUCGCGGCCAAUUCGUACCAAAUCUCACUGCUCAACGGGGAGCAGGGGCAAACGGCAAACAAGCUCUACGUAAUUGCGUCCAUCUACGCGGGGACCUCUAUCAUGUGGUGGGUGGCCUUCCGCCAUCUGAAGUGUGUCUGGAUCCUAUCCGCCCCGUUCUUCGUUUACGGCGCUGCUUUCACGUUUGUUGGCUGUGCCCCUUUCGCGCCCACAGAGUUUGCCCGCGGGUGGUUGCAGAACGUCGGGUCCGGGCUCUACGCUGCGGCGUCGUCCAGCGGGUCAAUGUACUUUGCGCUCAACUUUGGCGACGAAGGCGGCGCACCAGUCAAGACAUGGGUCAUCAGGGCCUGCGCCGUGCAGGGCGUGCAGCAGAUCUAUAUCAGCGGUCUCUGGUACUGGGGCUCCCUCCUCUCCUCGUACGACAGCAAUGGCAUUCCCAUGGCAAAGGCAUCCAGCACAACCAUCUCCGCGAUCUGCCUCCCCGUCGCCGCGCUUCUUAUGGCCUUGUCGGUCGUGACUUAUUUCGGGCUGCCCGAGUACUACCGCCAGUCUCCUGGCUCGAUACCAUCUUUCUUCAAGUCGAUUUUCCGGCGCAAACUCAUCAUUUGCUUUCUCGUAUCCGUCAUUGUCCAAAACUACUGGCUCUCCUCGGUCUACGGACGGAGUUGGCGGUUCCUGUGGACAACAUCACACGCGCCGGCCUGGCAGAUUCUCAUUCUCGUAGUCUUCUUCUUCGGCGUUGUGUGGAUCGCCCUCUUUUCACAGCUCGCACACCUCUCCCGCGAGCACAGCUGGAUAUUUCCCGUGCUGGCCAUCGGCCUCGGCGCGCCGCGCUGGGCGCAGACCUUUUGGUCCGUCUCGGGCGUCGGCACCUCGCUGCCCUGGGCGUUCGGCGGUGAUUCCUCCUCGUCCUCCAUCAUCGGCGGCGCGCUGGUGUCGCGCGCCCUGUGGCUGUGGCUCGGCGUGCUCGACGCGCUGCAGGGCACCGGCGUCGGCAUGAUGCUCCUGCAGACGACGACGCGUUUCCACAACAACUUCACCCUCAUCGCCGCGCAGGUGCUCGGGUCGCUGGCGACGAUCGCGGGGCGCGCCACGGCCCCCGACGCCGUCGGCCCCGGCCCGGUCUUCCCGAACCUGGCACUCAGUCUGGACGGGCUGGGCAAUGCGUCGUUCUGGGUCUGUCUGCUCAUGCAGCUGGCCAUCUGCGUAGCAUUUGGCACCUUCUUUAGAAAGGAGCAGUUGAGCAAGCCCUGAGGAGACAGGUGGUGUUGUAUAUGCUCACGUCUCGUAUUUCGGGCACGAGAGUUUAGUUUUGGGGUAAUUAUUUGGGUAGAUAGUUUGCUUGGGAUACAUAUGCAAGGGUGUUACUAGAUAUAUUUAGCUAGACUUAGACUUUAAUCGUAGACAUAAUUACAGCAAUCCUUUGUCGUUUGUUGCCUGUUUUGUGGAAGUUGUCAGUCAGGGGUUCGUUUGCCUCAGGUAUCUAAACACGAACCCGCACGCAACGAGUGUGUGUUUUUUCCUUGUCACAUGCAUCU